AUGAAAAUAAAGCUUAAAUAUUUUAAUGCUUGGGGAGAAAUGUAGGAUUGCUUCAUUGAGAUCUCCUCAAAGGAAACCUUGUAAGUCCUGAGACUUUAAAUCGAAAGAGUAACCGAAAUAGAUGUAGAUGAUCAACAACUCUUUAUAGUUCACAAUAGAGAAAUUAAGCAAAUAUAAAAAUACGAGUAUUUAAGUUAAAUAAAACUACUUAAUGAGGGUGUUUUAUUUGUUAAAAAUAGCAGAGACUAAUUUAGUGUAAGGGCAUCUCAAAUUUAUCAAAAUGAUUCCUUCGAAUCAACCAAUUAAAAUACUGCCUCAACUCUAAAAAAGUCAAUUCACAAUUCAUUCUCCUAAAGAGACAAGAAUAUCAUAUACAACAGUUUUCUUGCACUCUAAAUCGAAUAAUUUUAUGAGCACAUAUAGAAAAAUUAUUUGGAAGAAGCAAAAAUUUUGCUUUAAUCGCACAUGGAAUAAAAAGAAUUUUUCUUGAAUGAUACUACAUUCUUUGGAUGGUCAGCAUUGCAUGUUUCCAUUUUAGCAGGAUCUGAUAAGCUAUUUUUAUGGUUAUUAACUGAAGGAGCUAAUAUCAAUCUGCAAACUAAGGAUGGUUGGGAUUGUCUGUCUCUAUCAGUUUGUCUAAGACAAAAAACUAGUAUGAAUUUUCAUUUAUUUAAGUUUUUUGCUUAUUGCUUGCUUAACCUAAAUUAAAUGUGAAUCAAUUAGGUAAACACGGGACAGCGUUGCAUUUGGCAGCUCAAAAUGACGACACUGAAUUUGUGUAAUUAUUACUUAAUCAUCCUAAAAUAGAUGUGAAGUAUAUAUAGAAUCAUUAAAUUAAUAGCAUUUUAGAUAAAAAUAAUUGUAGGGCCAUCGAAAUUGCACGAAAUAAAACGAAAUAAUUAUUAAAAUAUGAAAAUGAGUUAAAGAUUGUUCAAAGUCAUAGAACUUCAUUCAUUUCUUCUAUGAUUGGAAUUAGUUUAGACAAUCUCAUGAAAGAUGUAAAUUUAUAUCAAAUUACUUAGAGACUUUCAUUAUAAAUAAACCCUAACGACCACCAAUACUCAAGGGAAAGAUUUUUAAAGUAAAUUACUUCAAAUUAAGAAUGUAUGAACGAUAUAUGAUUGUUGAUCCAGACACAGAUUCUAUUGCUAAAUUUAAAAACAUUUAAGACAUUCCACACAAUCCUAAGUACUUUUCAUUUCUAAACUUAGUUAAAUCAUACCCUUAGAAAGUGUUUAUGAUAUCAAAGUAUCUAAAGAUGAGUGGUUUUAGGAGGAUGAUUAUUUUUAUUUGGAAAUCAAAUACUUCUCCAAACAUAUCUUCAUUGCACUGAAGAGCAAAGAUGCUGCUAGAAGAUGGUAUGAAGGUUUAAAAAAUUGUGUUGGCUAUUCUCGAUACAUUAAACAGAAUAUAAAAUCUCCGGAGGAACAAAGGUUAGCAUAAAGAGCCUUUGGUUUAAUGAUGGCUAAACCCAAUUCGAUCAUUAAUAUUGAAGAUUGCAAAGUGGAAGAUCACUAGCAGUCUAAAUAAAAAUAAGCAACUCAAAAAAAAAAAUAGAAUUCUGAUUUGAAUAGUGUCAGUGAAGAAGUUUCAGAAAUUGAUAUUAUCAUAGAAAAGAGCAAUUCCUAAAGUAUUUAAGAUAAAAUUAACCUUUCGAGCUUUCAAAUCAUUGAAAUGAUAGGUAAAGGGAGCUUUGGAAAUGUAUACAAAGCUAAGUAUAAACAUAUUAAUUGUGCUAUAAAAUAGCAAGAAAAAGAUAAACUAAUUAGAAAUGGCUAUCUCAAAUACAUAAUCUCGGAAUUACAGAUUCUGAGAACAAUCAAACAUCCCUUUAUUGUUAAAUUGUAUCUAUCUUUCCAAGUAUUAAUAAUAUUCUAAUAAACAAGACUCAAUUCUAUUUAUAUAUAGUGACAGAAUUAUGUCCAGCAGGAGAUCUAUCGAAGUAUAUGACUAGAGGGUAAAUCUUGAAUGAAUAUACUGCCAAAUUUAUAAUAGCUUAAAUUAUUCUAGCCAUCGAAUACCUACAUUCAUAAUAAAUUAUAUAUAGAGAUUUAAAACCUGAAAACAUUCUGAUUGAUUAAGAGGGGUAUAUUAAACUAACUGAUUUUGGAUUAUGUAAAUAGUUCGAUGGAAAUGACUUUACAGCCACUAGUUUUUGCGGAUCCCCUGCCUACCUACCUCCAGAAUUGGUCUCAGGAGGAGUAUCUUUAAAAGCCACUGACAUCUAUUAAAUUGGAACUAUCCUGUAUGAAAUGUUAACAGGUUACCCACCAUUUUAUUCUCAAGAUUUAAAGAGUUUAAUGGAAAAGAUCAAAUAUGGUAUUACAUAAUUCAUUAGUUAGAUUCAUUAUUUAUACCUAAAAAUAUAAGUUUGGAAGCAUAGGAUCUAUUAAAACGGAUGCUCAAAAAGGACCCUGAAGAACGAUUGGGAUACAACGAUGUCUCCGUAUUGAAGAAGCAUAUGUUCUUCGCUGAAAUCGACUGGGAUCGAUUAUAUACCAAGCAGUAUAAGCCUCCUCGUCUAGUUUUUUAUGCUCAACACAAUAUUUUCAGAGAUGGAUAAUAAAUCAAUAAAGAAGAUAAUGUAAAUUCAUAAUAUAAGUCUUAGAAAAUCUUAGAUCUAGAUUAUUAAGAGGAUGAUGAAAGACUCAACUUCAUAGAGAAUUGGGACUCAUCAUAUAUAUGA